CAUCACUUCCGUUCUGAAGACCUCGGCUGUUUGACAACAACGCAAAAAAAAAAACGAAGGCAGUGCUAAUCGCAGUCCUUCAAAUCGAUCUGCGAUCCAAUGGCUAUGAAAACACAACUACAUAGUGUUAUAUUUCCUGUGCAGAUGUUUAUUUUGUGACUCUUGUCGAUUCCGAAGACAUGACUGAGAGGCAUCGUUCAGAACUGGUGGCCCAGGAGCGGAGUGGACACACGGCUGUAGUGGAAGACAACCUCCUGUACGUGUGGGGAGGCUACGUGACAAUUGCUGACGAUGAAGUUUUUCUACCAAAUUUUGAAAUCUGGAUCUAUGACAUGGACCGAGGCCUAUGGGAAAUGUCCUCCAUGAGGGGAGAUGUGCCACCAGCCAUGUCAGGCACCUGUGGCUGCUCUUUAAAUGGACAUCUGUACAUAUUUGGAGGUUGUGACAGCAAUGGCCAGACCAAUGAGAUAUACAGUGUCAACCUUCUGGAUGGGAAAUACACUUGGAAGAAGAUCUCUAAAGCGUCUGGUGCUCCUCCCUCACCUCGAGACAAACUGUCCUGCUGGGUCUUUGGUGGCAGGAUCACAUUCUUUGGAGGAUAUGGGCACAAACUACGAAAUGACAUCAACAGGAGCAACUUCAUCCUGGACGAGGCAUCGUGGGUGGACGACGUCUACUGGGGCUGGAACAACGAAGUCCAUGUGUUCGACCCCAAUCAUGCCAGUUGGACGGAGCCCCAGACUAAUGGCCGCCCCCCCGCCCCCAGGGCUGCCCAUGCCAGCGCCACCCUGGGUUCUAAAGGAUACGUUUGUGGAGGAAGAGUGAUGGAAACGAGGACCAAUGAUGUCCACUGUUUGGACCUUGAGACAUGGACAUGGGCGGAAAUAGUCUCCCCGCUCUCAGCUGUUCCAGUAGGCAGAUCUUGGCAUUCACUCACUGCGGUUGCUGAUAGCUCCUUAUUCCUGUUUGGAGGACUAAGUGUGGACUGCAAACCAAUGAGUGACGGCUGGCUGCUUAAUGUUGAAACAAAGAAAUGGCAGGAGAUUAGCCACCCUUACGAGAACAAGCCAAGGUUGUGGCACACAGCCAGUGCAGGCAAGGACUCCGAUGUGAUCGUGUUUGGUGGAAGUUGUGACUACAUACUUCUAGUUGAUACAGGUCAUUGCAAUGAUGCACUAGUUUUUCAGACCGAGCCAUAUCCUCUAUUCAGGUCUUGUGUGGAUUACAUUGCUAAGAACGUCAGUAUAUGCAAGAUGCUUGGAGACCAGAUUCCUCUCCUGCCCUCCAAGCUUCAACACAUAGUGCACAGGAGAAUGAGUUAUUACAGGCCACCGAAGAACAGAACACUACUUGAAUGAUUUUUCUCUUAACUGCUCUAUAUUGGUUUAUAAUUGCUACUUUCUUUUAAAAUCAAGUCUUAGAAUCUGGGGUUGUAUUUAACUUGGGGGGAAAUUAUAUAUUUUAUUGUUUUAUUUAUAUUGUGCCAUCUAUUUUGUAUUUUUUGAAAGAAAAAAUAUUUUAUGUUGCCUGCGUUAAAUAAAUGGCACAUGAGUUUUAUGUAUUGUCAGAUCUUAACAGGUAUCUAGUAAAACUUUUACUUUAAUACCAAAAUGUUUGCAGAAUUAAUUUCUCACUGAAACAUACCCUCAUCUCAAUGUUCAGAAUUUGACAAUUAUAUAUGCUGUAUAUAAAAAACACUUUUUACAAUAUUGAAGUUGGAGAAUAUACUAUAAUAUAACCAAAGCAGUUGCUUUACUGUAAAGCUGAAAGAUUAUCUGAACUCUCUGUAUUGCAUUUUUUAACAGAGCCACAUGUAGUUCAUGCUACCUCCACUGGGUACCAGUAAACCUUCAUGUCAACACGGAGCUAAAUAAUCUCUAGCAGCUCGAAGACUGCAUAAGCAGCAGAAGCACAGCUGCCAAGACUGAGCCUUGAUUCUGAGCUCAUUCUUACAUCUCUCCACGGCCACACAUUCCUUUUAAGGAGUUGAGGAAACAUGGUCAGGGAACAAACGUUAAAUAAAUAAUCCUACCCAUACCCGCUUUGCACAGCAGUGGCCACUUAUCAUAAAACGGAAAAGCCAAUGCUGCAUUAGUAUCUAGAACUUUGAAGUUAAUGCAAUAUCUUACUAGACCAUACUUUAAUUGUGUUGAAUUGAUGUUGCCCUUAUAAAAAGCCAAAAAGUAAAGUUCUUCAAACGGGUUUGUCAUAACAGACAAGUGAAAGACAAGCAGUCAAUGGGUAACACAAGUCAAUGGGUAACAAAUAUGUGAGUGCUUCAAGCCUUCUGGGGGACAAAUCAUAGAACAGUCACUUGUCUCUGUCGCGAGUUCGGACACAUUAUUGUUAGUGUGCCCAGUGUUCGGCGAUAAUAUUCAAAAUAAUAAUAAUAAUCUGGAUAGUUAUUAACUAUCCAAUCCAGGAGUCUGUGGUCUACGCACACCCAUGAAUUUGACAAGAGAAACAAUAUAACAACAUGAAUCUUUGAAUAACUUUGAGGAUCACUUCCAAAGACGGUGUGUAGAGAUGGAAGCGC